AUGCCGACGGCGCUUCGGGACGCAGGCUAUACGACCAUCUCCAAUGGCAAGAUCUACCACAGCAGUGCCGACAAUGUGCACUCCUGGGACGAGGUGUGUGGCCAUGACGGAGGCUCCAUAGCGGGAUAUGCCUGCGACUACAGGACUCGACCGGGGUCGAUGUGCUGCGUCUGGCCUCAUGGCAUGUCUUCCGGGAGGUCAUCUACGCAGAACCUAUCCUCUGCGAAGGGGCACACGAAGUGCCCAGACGACGCCACCUGCCAGGAGCACGAUUGGGAGAACGAGCUGGACUUUAGUCGGACGGAGAAGUUCGUCAAGUGGAUGGAGGCAAUCGAGCAGGCGAAGCUCGCCAAGGAGCCGGACGCCUCGAGCAAGUGCUUUGGUUGCGGUUGGCCCGCCUGGUCGGGGGUCGAUGCGGAUGAUCACGGCUUUUUCACGCGAGGGCUGCCUGACGGCAAGAUGACGCGUAAGGUCAUCGAAGACCUGCGGACAGCAAAAGCAAAAGGGACGCCCCACUUCAUCACCUGUGGCUUUGUCCGGCCGCACCUGCCCUUCGCUGCGCCCUACUCGUACUGGGGGAUGUACAAUCGGGACGACCUCCCAAUCGCGACCAAUCCAUGGAAUGCGGAGGGCGCGACGGCACGGGCGCUGCACUACCGGGAGUUGGGUGUGUACAACCUUGGGACGGUCCCCGUCUCGGAAGUCUCCACAGGAGAAAGGAUGCCGGAGUACAAACCGGCCCCACAAGGCCCCGACGGCCCGGCCUUGUACAGCUCCGAGUGGAACGGGGCAGCAGAGCCUCCGAAGCCCAACCUCGCCCGCGACGUGGUCUCCCGCUCGCUGGUACACGGCUACUACGCCGCCACCUCGUACGUGGACGGGCUCGUCGGCCUCGUGUUGGACGAGCUCAAGGCGCUCGACAUGUACAGUGAGACGGUAAUACUCUUCAACAGCGACCACGGCUACCACCUGGGCGAGCAUGGCACCUUUUGCAAGCACUCGCUCUACGAGCUCGCCCUCCGCGUCCCACUCAUCGUCAAGGCGCCCGGCUUUAGCGCGUCGCGCGUGCCCGCGCUCGUCGAGAACCUCGACAUCUUCCCCACGCUGCUCGACCUCGCCGGAAUCCCAGCCCUGCCGCACUUGCAGGGAAAGAGCCUCGUGCCGCUUCUGCGAUCGCCCGACGCCUUCCACAAGGAGGCGGUAUAUGCUCGCUACCGCGACGGCGACACGGUGCGCUUCCGCAGCUCCGCGCUAAGCGAGUACUGCCAGGGCAACUGCUGGAGCGCAGACAGUUGCACCAAAUCUUGCGCCCGACAAAGGGAGCAGGACAGCAUGUUUUACGACCACGCUGUCGACCCCGACGAGAACCUCAACAGGUUUAGCACGACUGGGAGCUAUGCAGCGCUCAUCUCAAACAUGUCAGCGGCCCUCGCCCGACAUCGGGCUACGAGGAUGCUAAACGAAUAG